GUGUGAAGUCUGAAGGUAAACAAAUGGACCCAGCGGCGGUUCGCGGUAAAAACAUGAACAAUGUGACCGAACCGCGCGGAUUAAAGCGAGUACAAUGCCCGGAUACAAGAGCAGAUAUAACUUACGCUUCUCUCCCAGUCGCAUCAAAAAGAUCAUGCAGAAGGACACAGAGGUGGGGAGGAUUGCGAUGGCGGUUCCUGUGAUCAUCUCUCGGGCGCUGGAAAUGUUCCUGAAGUGUCUGCUGACCAAAACCAGUCUGAUAACUCAGUCCAAGCUGAGCGCCGUCGUAUCUGUCGCUCAUAUGAAGCAGUGCAUAGAGUCGGAGAAGCUCUUCGACUUCCUCAAAGACCUGGUGGAGCAAGCGACGUCUCCGGCAGGCCAGAAGGACAACAGAGGCACGAGUAUGUGGCCGCUGUACAGGACCAAACGACGUGAAAUUUCUGUUAAAAACCCGGCUGAAGUUGUAGAAGUGGCGCCACGAUCGAGCCUCGACUCACUGGACAACGACUCUUCCACCUCCAGCGAGUCGGAGCUCUACAUCUGCUUCUGACUGCCGACGUUCAACCAGAGGAAAGUGCUGUCAUCUUAAAGCAGCACAUCAUUUCAUCACUUUACUUUUGUUUAUAUGUUUAUUUUUUAUUUAAGCUUUACUGCUUUUUGGGGGAAAAAACCCCAAAUAUUUGAGUUAUAUAAUAUUUUAGACUUUUGCCUGCUAAUGUAGUUUUUGUUGAGAAAAAAAAGGUUAUAUGUAAUAUAAUUUUGUAGUGAAGCUCUUUUUCUUUUUGUUUGUAUCAGAAGUUGAAUUCUGUGUAAGUUUACACUAAAAUGAAAAUAUUUAAAUUAUGCAAUAUAAAUUGCUUCAUACUUUUACAGUCUAAACCUUUUGUUUUUGUUGUCGUUUAGGCAGUUUGCUUUAAACUUUUGUAGUUGAACUGAAAUGUUAUGCUCUGGUUAAGUAAAAUGUUAGAGAAUACGUCUCUAUGCGUUCGCCAACCUUUAAAACCAAACUGAGUGCUUGUUUUUGCUGAACGGCGGCCUUUAACGGCGGCCGUUUCGAAACAUUUGAUUUUUUUAAAGCACUUGUAAAUUAACGUUUUAAAGACAGUAAACCUUUGCAUAUGGAAUGUGAUCAGAUCAGUAAAUAAAUAAAGGUUCAUUUCAGCUGUGAGUGGCAGAUUUAAUGUGAAGAUGUGCUCACAUAAAUAAAAAAAACAACCCAAGAGCAUAGAGGGAUUGGUUUUAUUCUAACCAACUCAUCUUUUUACAUUGUGAAAGGAUGAAAUGAUGAAUAAAUAGAUGCAUUCUGUCCUUUUUUUUUUUAACUGGAAAUUUACACUUUAAAGCCAAAUAUAGCAAAACGCCUCUCUUAAGUUGCUACGCUAGCUAUCUGCAUAAGGAGGAGAAACCGUUUUCACGUUCCGACAUUGACAAACAUUACGCACCAACGUUCCCGCUGAAGGUCCGAGCUGAUCUGAUCACCCAGACAGACGUCGGACUCGUAAAAUGUGCACGAAAUCAAGUAUCAACGAAAGUAAAGUACAGCUCGGCUAUAAGUGACAGACUUCAUGAGUAAGAGUUUAAAUCCAGUGGUCGUUCCUCCGUCUGGCAGUUGGAAAUGAAACAUGCAUCUUGGCUGAAAGCAUCUUCACUACAGUUACACUUCAAAAGAGUAAAAUAAGUAAAAAAAAAAUGUUUUAAAGCAACAUCAUAUUUUUUUCUAAUAAACCAAAUAAAAAACACAUUUAUUUUUACUUUUGCAGUAAUUACAUAUUUAUAGAAUUGUGGCCAAUUUGCAUUAGCGGUUCAAUAGAUUCUUCUUUGUUUUAUUUAAUCCAUUUUCUAUCCAGAGUCCCAAAAAGGCACAGUCGCUUUACACUCCUUUGAACAACUGACCCAAAUACUGAUGGGGAGAAAUCUAGAUUUAAAUAUGUUCAAAAAAUUAAAACAUUUACACACAAACACAGACAGACAGGUGACAGAUCGGCCUUCACCUACUGCGUCUCUUUCGUUUAACUCGUGCUGUGAGUUUACAACGGACAUCUUGUGCCAGACAGAUCGAAGGACAUGUUUUAAAAAUUGAGAACAGAAAUGAAAACAGAACUACAAGUACAGCAUCUUCAGAAGAGUCGCGCUCCGUAGCCAAAAGUCUGUUUAAUAGCUUCGAAGUAGUAUCUCUUCCAGCCCUCUUUCGUCCGCUCCUCCUCGUUGUCCGGGACGCCUCGGCAGUCCACCUUCAGCUCCGUCUCGCUGCUCCGGUCCAAGAAAUGAAUCGUGAUUGUCGCGUAGUGCUCUGUUGGGGGACACGGGACAACCACAUGUUACCGUCAGUGUCUCCAGUUGCACAGCGAGGAUUACAAUAAACUGGUAAAAGAAAACGAGCCUCAACGUGUGACUCACGACCCCCGCAGUGAGGCAGAUAAUGUGUUUCAUUCCACCCUUAAACAACUGAAUAACAAAAAAUAAUGAAUAGGACUUUGUCGAGGGCAUUUAGUUAGAGAGAUGCUGACGGAGAGCGGUGCUAAUGGCAGAGACGAAGACAUGAGAGAGAGGAGAGAAACCGCCAGGCGAGUAAAUCUCAGACCGGCUUUUAGUCGUUGCUGAGAGCUUUGUGAGAUAAAAGGCUGCAACAGACGGCGAGCUGUCCUUGUUUCUGUUUGACUAGUCCGUAAUAUUAGCUGGCUGUUUCUACUGUUGUUUCAUUUGCUUGAUGUUUGGCUGUGUUAGAAAAGGCUGCUAGAUUUUGGUCAGAAGUAAUGUAAGCCUAAUAAAAUGCACCAAAUCUUACAUAAUGUUGCUCUAAGAAUUAAAGGUUCAUUGCUCUUUGAAAGGGUUUACUUGCAUUAUUAUAUCCACCAUAAUAUCAGUGGCAUUAACCAUUACAGUAACACUGUUUAUCCAAAUUAUUUUCUAUAUUCAUAUGAAUGUAAACAGUCAAUGAUUUGACAUUUGUGUGAAAAUGGCUGUUGAAAUAUUAAAAUAUAAAUAAAUGAACAUACCACAGGG